AGUAAUCUAUAGUAGUGCAAGCGGCUUCCAGCAAAGACUUUGACCAAAGUCAUUAUUGAUCACUAGCUUACCAAGCAACUGCUGCUUCUUGUUAGUUCUCAGAAAAAGAGAAACAAUGUUCACGCUCAAGUUAAGGAAAAUUGGUUUAUUCUCAAGAGCUCUAGCUUCAGCAAGCUUCAGCAGGGGAUUUUCUAAUCAUGGUAGAAGGCUGGAAGGAAAAGUGGCACUAAUCACUGGAGCAGCUAGUGGGAUAGGCAAGGCAACAGCAAUUAAAUUUGUUGAAAAUGGGGCCAAGGUUGUGAUUGCUGAUGUCCAACACGAGCUUGGCGAACACACGGCAAAGGAAUUGGGUUCAAGUGCGUCAUUUGUAGCUUGUGAUGUCACUCAAGAAGCUGAUAUCGCCAGAGCCAUUAAUUUUACUGUUUCCAGUUAUGGUCAACUUGAUAUCAUGUAUAAUAAUGCAGGGGUUGCCUGCAGAACAGCACCUUCCAUUGCAGAUCUAGACCUUGACGUCUUUGAUCGUGUGAUGUCAAUCAAUGUAAGAGGCAUAGUAGCAGGAAUAAAGCAUGCAUCACAUGUGAUGAUUCCUCGUAAAAAAGGCUGCAUUUUGUGUACGUCAAGUGUUACUGGAAUAGUGGGUGGGAUGGCUCAAACAACCUAUUCAGUUUCCAAAUCUGCAGUGGUGGGAAUUGUCAAGUCUGUUUCAGCAGAGCUGAGCAAGCAUGGGAUUCGAAUUAAUUGCAUCUCGCCUUUUGCAGUUCCUACUCCUUUUAUGAUGGGAGAGAUGCGGAAGUGGUAUCCUGGUGUCGAAGAUGACGUGCUAGUGAAGAUGGUGCAGGAUGCUGGUGAGCUAAAGGGGGCGAAUUGUGAAGAAAUUGAUGUUGCAAAUGCUGCUUUGUAUUUGGCAUCAGACGAGGCUAAGUAUGUAACAGCCCAUAAUUUAGUUGUUGAUGGAGGCUGCACUUCAAUUAAAAGCUUACGUCUUCCUCCUCCCAAUCGAGUAACAGAGUAAAAGUAUGUUCUAAAAGAGGGGCAUUCCGAGAGUCGAACUCGGGAACUCUCGCACGCAAAGCGAGAAUCAACCAAAUGCCCGCUUGUGAUAUUAUUUGCUAUACCAAUAAAUAUCAUACAUAUUUCUGGGUUUAAGGCGCUCUUUAUAAAUUUCGUUUGUGCUGUGAUACAAAAAAAAAAAAAAAAAAAAAAAGAGAGAUUAUAGGGUGAGAAUGAGAGAGAAGUGAUUUUUUUUUUUCAAAGUUGUGUAUUACCACUUAUGGCAAGUGCCAUAUUUAUACUACAAGAUACAUUUUUCAAGUA